UAACAAUAGUGAUGAAGUGCAGGUCGGAAUGGUGGACCAUUGUGGCAAAUUCGCCGACUUGUCCCGAUUCUUCCUAACCGCCCUCUCUCUCUCUUUCCACCCGCGUUGGUCGUUGGUCUGCCCGACUGACUUUGGGGAAGAAUUAAACUCUCUCUGUUCUCUUCUCUCUGAAUUCACGUCGGAUCGACUUUUAGCGGUGGAGCUCCAUCUUCCAGGCGUGUAUUUUCUUAAAGGAAUGGGCAUAUAUCUCAGCACUCCUAAAACUGAUAAAUUUUCUGAAGAUGGAGAGAAUGAGAGAAUUAGAUAUGGCUUGUCUUCUAUGCAAGGAUGGCGAGCAACAAUGGAAGAUGCACAUGCUGUCAUUCCUGAUCUGGAUUCCUCCACAUCAUUUUUUGGCGUCUAUGAUGGCCAUGGAGGAAAGACAGUUGCAAAGUUCUGUGCUAAAUAUCUACACACUCAAGUGCUUAAGAAUGACUCUGCUUCUCCUGGAGAUUUAGGGGCUUCUAUUCGGAAAGCAUUUUUAAGAAUGGAUGAGAUGAUGCGUGGACAGAGGGGAUGGAGAGAAUUAGCUGUAGUCGGGGAUAAGGUGCAUAAGUUUACCGGUAUGAUUGAAGGUUUAAUAUGGUCCCCCAAAGGCAGUCAUUCUAAUCCCCAUAAAGAUGACUGGGCUUUUGAAGAGGGUCCACACUCUGAUUUUCCUGGGCCAACAUCAGGAACCACGGCUUGUGUCGCUAUCAUUAGACAAAAGCAGCUUAUUGUUGCAAAUGCCGGCGAUUCUCGCUGUGUUAUUUCAAGGAAGGGUCAGGCAUAUAAUUUGUCAUGGGAUCACAAACCAGAGCUAGAGGCUGAGAGAGAGAGAAUUUUAAAAGCAGGAGGAUUUAUUCAUGCAGGGCGAGUCAAUGGAACUUUAAAUCUUGCAAGAGCAAUCGGUGACAUGGAGUUCAAGCAAAACAAGUUUUUACCUGUUGAAAAGCAAAUUGUUACAGCUAAUCCUGACGUUUGUGCUGUGGACCUUUGCGAGGAUGACGAAUUUAUUGUUUUAGCCUGCGAUGGGGUCUGGGACUGUAUGUCAAGUCAGCAGCUGGUGGAUUUCAUCCAUCAACAUAUAACCACUGAGAGUAGCCUCUCAGUCGUGUGCGAGAAAGUACUUGAUCGGUGUUUGGCUCCAUCAACAGUCGGAGUGGGCUGCGACAAUAUGACCAUGAUUCUUGUUCAAUUUAAGAAACCCAUUAAUUCAAAUGCCCGCGAGGCUGAACAAUCAUCUCAACUUAGGGCGCAGAUUGAGACAAAUUCAGAUGGUUAAUCAAUCCAGACUCUGUUGGGCAGGUUUGUCCUGAUUAAAGUACAAAAUUUUACCAUUCUAUGAUCUUGUUUUUAAGAGAGUAGAGCUUGUAGAUUAGAUUCCUGGAGUGAAAUAACCUUAAUUCUACCAUUUUGCCUUGUAUU